UGGGUCCUUCCUCACAAUACGACGUAUAGCUCCUGGAACCGGAAGUCAGAUCGCUAGCAGUAACCGACAUUAUUUCCGUUUAGACAGUUAUUUUAAGGUGGAAAAAUGCAGUCUAUAUUCAAGUCCAUUCCUACGCAUAUGGAUUACAAGGGCCAGAAGCUGGCUGAACAGAUUUUCCAAGGCAUUAUCCUCAUCUCUGCGGUGAUUGGAUUCGUGUACGGGCUGAUUAUUCAACAGUUCGGCUGGACAGUGUACAUAGUGUUGGCUGGAUUUGCAGUGUCCUGUCUGUUGACCCUGCCUCCAUGGCCGAUGUACCGAAGGAAUCCUCUGCCCUGGCAGCCAGUUGUAUCAGAAGCCAGCGUAGAGCCCACCCAAAAGCCUCAGGAAAGCACCAAGAGAAAGAAGCAUAAAUAACUCUGCUAUUCCUUGUCUGGCCAUGAAUCACUUUUUGUUUUUCAUGGCAAAGUGAAGUUUGUCCUGCAAUUCAAAUUCACAGCGAAACAUAAUAUGUUUAUUACGGAGGUCAAUACUGUGCGUUCCAAAAAUAGAAACAUCUGAAGUUCUGUUUUUCUUAAUGUGAAACUUCAAUUUACAACAUUUUUCCUUUCCCUUGAUAUAAUUUUUUGUUUUUGCUAUAAAAUGAAACCUCAAGUUUUAAUAAAACAGAUGAAUGCAAAAAGA